AUGAAGUAUCAACAGAUCACCGUCGAUUUUGUAAAUAUGGUGUUCACUGCUUGUUCCUAUUUGGCUCUUGCUGGAGCUGUUUGGAUAUUUUUACGACUCAUCCAAGCAUGCUUUUGGUUACCGCGCCAUUUAAAAAGACAAAAUCAUGUCCAACGAAUGCUGCAAGAUAAGAUGGAGAACUAUGAGAAGUACAUAUUAGAAUGUGAAAAAAGAGAAAAGAUUGAACAGGAAAUGCAAGGCGGAGAUGCCAAACCAAAUCCUGAACAAGCUGAGAAAUGGAAGGAACGAAGGGAAUGUUUGGAAAUGUUGAAGAGGGAAUUAAGUAAGAUUCGAGAUGGUGGUGAUGAUUCUCAAGACUGGGACUAUCUUUUAGAAGAAGAGGAAACAAAAGAAGAAAAAGCUAGUAUCACAGAAAUUCAAGAUGAUAAAAUUUCUAAAGAUGGACAUAAUGAUAAAGUAAACACAAACACAAGCACUAAUCCAAUAAUCAAUUCAGAAAAUAAAAAAGACAAAUAAUUACAUUUUAUACUAUUUCUGUAACAAAUAGAUGAGGUUUAAAACCUUUUAGAUCCGUAAAAAAAAAA